GUUAAAAAUAGUACUACGCCAUGUAUAAAAUGAAAUUGCAGCGCGGAAACGCCUCAUAAACCUGCCUCAACUACAUCCUAAAGACAAAAAAUGCCUAUUGAAGUUAAAGCUAAAAGUUCCCCCGAAGAAAAACACGAUUUUGACGUGAAUGCCGUCAUAUUCCAUAAGGGAUUCAUUUACAGUGGUGCUGAUGACGGAAAAAUAAUUAAAUGGGAUGAGAAUAUUAAGAAAAUUACCGAAUGUCAAGCGCAUCCGUGCUCCAUUUAUUCUCUAGCUGCUAUUGAAGAAACAAUUUACUCUUGUUCCAAUGACGGAACAGUAAAGGCCUGGACAUUGGAUUUGAAAGAGAAAUCAACUAUAGUUGAAAACACUGCGGUAGAAUUUUGGAAGUUAGCUGUUUCCGAUGGCAUCUUAUUCGCGGGAGACGACAAAGGUGGUAUUAUGUCUAUCAUAAAUGACAAACCGCACGCCAUGUAUGAAAUUCUUGAAGGCAUCAAGGACAUGCAAGCGGAUGGUAAAACACUUUUCACUGGCAAAGACAUCGAUAUUACAGUGACUACAAUUGGAGAUGGUCCUAAACCCCAAUUUGCAACUAAAAAAGUAAUGCAGGGUCGCGCUCCAAUCACCUUGGCAAAAGAUAAAUUAAUAUUUGUGGAUAUUCCAGCAACUGGCCUAUUGAUACAUGAGAAUAAUAGCGAUGGCCAGUUUAAACCAGUUACAAUGAAGCCAGCUGCGCAUUCAAUGAUUAUCAACGCUGUAGCCGGCCAAAGAGAGCAAUCAACCGCCGAGACGGUUUUCUACAGCGGUAGUUGGGAUAAAACCAUUAAAAAGUGGAAAAUCGCCGACGGAAAAUGCGAUAUUCUAGAAACAAUUGAUGUCGGAUUGGUUGUCAAUGCAUUGAUGGUGGAUCCAAAUGGCCGAUUAUUUGGAGGUUUAGCUGAUGGCUUUGUUAUUAGAGUUCAAUAAGAAUAAUAAAUAAACUGUCAGUCCCUAUCGUGGCAAAAACCACAUGAUAAUCUUUGAUCUGUAAUUAAUUUAUAAUAUACGUAUUUCCCCUA